AUGGCGACACAAAUCAGCAAGAAGAGAAAGUUUGUAGCCGACGGUGUAUUCUACGCUGAGUUGAAUGAGGUUUUAACCAGAGAGCUUGCAGAGGAUGGUUACUCUGGUGUAGAGGUUAGGGUUACUCCAAUGAGGACUGAGAUUAUCAUCAGAGCCACACGUACUCAAAAUGUUCUCGGUGAGAAGGGAAGGAGAAUCAGGGAGUUGACAUCUCUUGUUCAGAAGAGAUUCAGAUUCCCUCAAGACAGUGUUGAGCUUUACGCUGAGAAGGUUGCCAACAGAGGUCUCUGCGCCAUUGCUCAGGCUGAGUCUCUCCGUUACAAGCUCCUCGGUGGACUUGCUGUCCGCAGGGCUUGUUACGGUGUCUUGAGAUUCGUCAUGGAGAGUGGUGCUAAGGGAUGUGAGGUGAUUGUGAGUGGAAAGCUCCGUGCAGCACGUGCCAAGUCCAUGAAAUUCAAGGACGGUUACAUGGUUUCCUCUGGUCAACCUACCAAGGAUUACAUUGACUCUGCUGUGAGACAUGUCCUGCUUAGACAGGGUGUGCUCGGAAUCAAGGUGAAGGUCAUGCUUGACUGGGACCCUAAGGGAAUAAAUGGACCAAAGACACCAUUGCCUGAUGUUGUCAUCAUCCAUACUCCCAAGGAGGAAGAUGUUAACUCUGCACCUGCUCAGGUUGUUGCUCCGGCUGCUCUCCUACCGGAAGCUGCCCUCACAGCUGUAGACUACCCUGAGAUGAUCCCUGUCGCCUAG